CGAAUAAUUUUUUCGCCCAUUCUCUCCCCCAAAUCACUACUUCACUCGUCAAACCUCUUUUCUUUUAUUCGCCGGAACCCUAGGUUAGGUCCACUCUCCUCCAAUUUGAAUUUUCCGGUAAGUUUGGCCUCUUUUAUUCACGACCGCUUCAAUUUAAACCCUAGGUUAGGUUUUUGGUGUGAGAGCAGUAGUAGAUGAGCGUGCGAUUAGGGAACAUCUGAAUCUGAAUGGAGGGAGGAAUAAACCCAUGGACUAUGAUGACAAUAAUGACUUUCAAGACCAGAAUCUCCAUUUAGCUGGUGAAUCUAACACUAAGUUUCCUCCAGUGUCUCUUCCAAGGUUUGAUUUUGACGAAGAUAGUGAUUGGAUUGAGGAUUUCUCUCGUGCAAGUAGUAGUGGUGGUGGUGUAGUCUUUAGCUCUGCUGCUACGGUCUCUUGUGCCAUUUCUAGGCAUAAUAAUAAUGUUUGGUCUGAGGCUACUUCCUCCGAAUCUGUUGAAAUGCUUUUGAAUUCCAUUGGACAGGACCACCAAGUCACUGUAAAAGAGAAAUCUGGUACUUCGGAUGAGCUAGGCUGCACAAUGGAACAAUUGGAUCCUAUUCACACAAACCAUGAGGAUAUUCUUUCCCAAGACGAAACAGUAAACUUACAACCCAACCCAUCUGUGGAUGAUACUCCAGGAGACCCCUCUGUGAUAAAGACAGAUGCUGGACAGGAACAGGUCCCUGUGAAAGAUGACUCACCAACUGUUGCGCAGGAGUCCUCCAUGGAAGAAGAUAAUGCCAUUUUGGCUUCAAAUACAUUUGCUGUAGAGGAUGUGGAUACUGCUUGCUAUGAUAAGAUAGAGACUGAGACAACAGAUAGUCUUCUUGACCAAACUGUUGCGAAAGAGUUAUCCAUAGAGGAAAAGAAAGCCGAUGUAGCUUCAAAUUCUGCGACUGUAGAGGAUGUGAGUUCUAAUGAGCAUCAUAAGAUAGGAACUGAGACAACUGAUAGUCUUCAUACCGUUGCGGAAAAGUCAUAUAUGAAGGAAAAUGAUACUGUUUUAGCUUCAGUUACCAUGACUAGAGAGGCUGUGGAUACUGCUGCUCAUGAUAAGAUAGGAACUGAGACGACUGGUAGUCUUCUUGACCAAACUGAAGAUUCAUGCAUGGAGGAGAAGAACUCCGAUUUAGCUUCAGAUACAGCUACUGUUGAGGAUGUGAUUCCUACUGGUCAUAAUAAGAUAGGAACUGAGACGACUCAUAGUGUUCAUGACCAAACCAUUGCGGAAGAGGCAUCCGUGGAGGAAAAGAAUGCUGUUUUAGCUUCAGAUACCGCAAUUGUAGAGUAUGUGAAUUCUACUGGUCAUAAUAAGAUGGGAACUGAGACCACUGAUAGUCUUCUUGUCCAAACCGUUGUAGAAGAGGCAUCCAUGGAGGAAAAGAAAGCUGCUUUAGCUGAUGUGAAUUUUGCUGGUGAUGAUACCAUAGGAACUGAGACGACUCAUAG